AAGUGGAUGGUGAUCGGACGGAUGGUACAAAUCGAAGAACAUCGCUUUAGUGAAUGGUGAAAACGAUCUGGUUUUAAUUCCAUUUCAUAUGCCAUCCCAUUGAGAAAACUAACGAGUAACAAUUUUCAUCUAGCUAAAUACAACUGGUGAUUUAUAAGACGCCAAAGCCAUCGGAGCAGAAUGGCUUGUGGUGCAACAUUGAAACGAAGUCUUGAAUUUGAUCCGUUACACAGUCCUGGCCAAACAACACCUAAAAGAAGAAGAUGUAUGCCGAUGACACUUUCUCCUUCAACUCCUCCAACGAAGUAUCAUCAAAUAAACCCUUCUCCAUUUGGGGAAGUGAGUCCAAAAUUGACUUCGGAGCAAAUUGCCACAAGUCUUGGUCUGGAAAUUAAGAGGAUGCAGAGAAGGAAGCAAUUGCAUUAUCAGUCAUCUGGAGGCCAGAGUCCACCAAACAUGUCUCCCCAACAUGAGGCUUCCUCCUCUUCACAUUGCUUAACAGCUAUGGAAAGCAGCAGUGUAUGUGCCUCCCCUUCCUCUUCUUCCACUUCACUGUUUAGUGCUCUGUCACCAAGCAAAAAAGAUGCCCCACUGUUCACCUUCCGGCAGGUCAGCCUCAUAUGUGAACGUCUGAUCAGAGAGAGGGAAGAUCAAGUCCGCCAGGAGUACAAUACUACACUGACUUGUAAACUAGCAGAACAAUAUGAGGCUUUCUUGAAGUUCAAUCAUGACCAGAUACACAAGAAGUUUGGAAAUGCACCUGUUAGCUAUGUGUCUUGAUGUGGAGUGGAUGGUAGCUGAAAUGUCCGUGUCCUUUUCUGCUUGCAAGAAGAUUUGAAAGAAUGUUGGAAAAAAAUUGAUGUUAGAAAUUUGUAACUGUUGAUGUAUCAUCACUUGUAAAUGAAAAUAUUGCACUUGUUAGCCUUGCAUGCUUGAGAAGGAAUGAACAGAUGUAUUGAAGGCAGGUGCAUUUACUGAAUUCACUCAACGGCAUUAUUUAUUAAUGGAACUUCAGUAAGAAAUUCAUUGUGUUGUGAAAAACUGCUCAUAAUGAAAAAGGGAACUAGCUAAUAUACAAGUAUAACGGGAUAAAUUUCUGCCACUGCCUGCUAGAUGUUUUGAUUUGCCGUUACAACAGCAAUACGUUGUGACUUUGUUGGCCAGUGGUUCUGGAAGGACAAUUAGUCACAAUUUUCAGACUGAUACCACAUCCAUGUGUGUUCGCGUAUCGGACCUCAAGGUCUUCAUGAUAACCUUACAAUUACUCGGGUCUAUUACUCUACCAAAAAGUCAGGUAGAGCAUCUCAAGUGUGUGUACUUCAUUGUGUUUUAAUAUACUGUGUUUGGUUGCGUGUUUGGACUACUUGCAUAGAGGUGCACAUUUAUGAGUAAGUGGUGGGCCAGUCUAUGUCAGCCUCCUGCUUUUAGACACUUUGUGUAUAUAUAUAUAUUUACAACUUUGUAAUACAGUAACAUUAUCUGUACAUACAUAACCAUUAUGCUGCAUGUGACAGUAGUCCACAGUUAAUACAGGUAGACAGAUGUCUUCUGAAAAACAAGGAAUAUAUGGUAUAAGUUAUUCGAUAGGGAGAAAUGUGUUGACAUGGUGAGGAAGGGUUGAUCAGUGAAUUGCCUUUGUAUGGGUGUCUGGGCACAAAUAUUGUUGCUUAGGAUGCCUUUUCAAUCAUUCAGUUUAAUUUGAAUCUUGUUUGCAUUAAUAUUUCUACACUUUUUAAGUUUUAUUUCAUUUUAAUUAAUAUUUAAGAGUUUUAGUUUAGCGAACACAAGUAGUGUUGUAUUUUAUUUCAUAGAGGGAAACCACUGUUUUCAUACCAUUAUCAGGCAGUAGAAUUAUAAUUAUGUAAAUAAAUCUUAUUUGUUGGACAUAACUAAAAUUUGAAAAAUAAAAUCUGAUUCACA